AUGGGAUGGCUCAUGUUUUUAGUCUCAAUCAUCGGAAUCGCUGUGAAUUUACGAGUUCUUCAAACAUUUUUCAAGCAGAAAAUGACAAGUUUUUAUAUAAUGUGCUCUUCAAAAACACUAUCGAAUAUGAUUAUCAUCCUUGGCUAUCUUCUACAUAAUGCUCCGAUAACUAUAAUAGACAACUUCACCGGACCCACCUUCUUCAACAUGUUGGUCAAUCAAAUGGUCAGCUAUGGAAUAUAUUUAUUAGGCCCGGUGACUCAACUCAUGAUUUCUGUCAACCGAUUAAUGGUUAUGUUGUUUGUGAAGAAGUCAAUAACACAGAAUAAUCAGAAGAUUACUGUAGCCAUAUUAGUGGUUUUUUGGAUUAUGGCAGUGCUGAUUACAGCAAUGGGGCUUCGAGACAGUUGCAACGUCAUCUACAAUCCAGAACUUCUGAAUUGGUGGAGUGGUGGAUGUGACGAUGACAUUGGGGAAGCUGUCAUGGGAUUCGUAAUUCUUUGUGCUAUCCUGUCCAACCUUUGUAAUCUAAUUGUAGUCAUAAAGCUAGCAAUGUCUAUGAAUAAGAAGCACUUGGAUUCCGAAUCAGUCCGAAGGAGGCAGGCGAAAUCUAGGAAAUUGUUCAUUCAGAACUGUAUUCAAGACUGGUUAUUCGGAAUAGAUAGCGUCAACAGCACGUAUAUCGAUUUGAUCUAUGAUGGGAUAUUGUUUAGAUUCUUUUUGGAUAUUUUCUCGAAUUUGAUGACUCCGGUGUUGGACGGAUGCGUGAUGAUGUUUUUCAAUCAUGGCGGAGAGAAGAAACAAUCUGUGAUUUUAUCUGUGAAAAAGAAGGAUACAACUACUCAGAAUACCGGAUCGAUGGGAAGAUUCUAG